AUGCCGGGUCUGUCGGAUGGCGAUGUCUCAUACGAAGGUGCCGUUAUCAAUGUCAAUGAUGACCGCACUACCUUGUCUUUGGAUGUCCCAGCUGCCACUAUGGAGGAUUUAAUGGCCGAUAUUCCAGCGACAAUCACUGUUGGAGGCAAUACCUACUACGGUUUCGAGGCAGCGGCUUCAGCCUACGGCGUAACUGUGACAAUCUCCGGCGAAUGCUCACGCAAGAACACCGACGAGGCAUCAGCAUCUUGCACCAUGACUACCAAGGGCCUCGAUGAGGCGAUGAGCUCUGUGUGCGCCGACGCCGAUUACUCCGAUCUCUGCCCCGAUGGUGCGGACGCUGCCCUUCAAACCUCUACGGUAUUGCCCGAUGGAUACUUCAACAUGAUCCCCCUCACCAUUACAGAAGGCGACGAUUCGCUUCCGAGUGCGACUGCAGCAGCGUCGGUGUCCGCUGAUAGCGCUUCUGUAACAGCAUCUCGCUCUACCGUGACCUCUGUAGCUUCUAAAUCCGCCACUGCCACCACUUCCGACUCAGAGUCUGCUGCCAGCUCCGGAGCUUCCCCAACUUCCAGCUCUGCCGAGCAAGCCACCGGUGCUGCUCAGAUGAUCCAAGUCCCGGCAUUGGCCGGUCUUGGUGCCGCUGUUGCUGCUUUCUUCCUGUAA